ACCAAAGCAACGAAUGAGAUUAGAUAAUGAUUAACAGCAAACAAUGGCUGAAUUAAUCGGAUCAUCGUCUCCCAGUUCUAAGCUUUAACAAUCCCAGCAACAGCAACAACUUUAUCUUCUCAAAUCCUCUUCUCUUUGCUAAAUCUUUACCCAUACCCACAAAGCCAAACUCUCUUAGAAGCCAUGGAGAAGCUUUUGUAUUCUUCUUCUCCGACCCGCUUGAAACCCCAUCUUCUUAACCGCGCUCCUUUUCUUCCUCCACUCCGUCGCAUUGACCCAUCAAAGCUCCAUUUCCCCUCAUCAAUCCGUUCCGAGUUUACUGGACUUAAUUCGUUCUCUUCCAUAAUUGAGAACUCAUUUCUUCCUUCUUCUCUUCCUCGUCACCCUGUUUCUUCGCUGUUUCUGGCUGAUUCUCGUGAUGGGUCGGCGCCGAAACCUCAUGUUCUACAGCGGAUCGGAACUUUGCCCUCUGGAGAACAAAAGGCAAAAACUACAAGGACAUUUAUGGCGCUCUGUGUUGCUGUUCUGUUCUUGCUCCAACCAGUUUUUGCACCUUCAGCUUUUGCAUCCUUCCACCCUGCAGCUACGACAGGGGGUCCUGCUGCUGCCACUUUUGGGGGAAGAUUUUUCCGAUCUGAACUAUUGAUCAGUGCUUGGACUGGUUUCUUUGCUGGAUGUUUACACACAUUAUCAGGGCCCGACCAUCUUGCUGCUUUAGCUCCCCUCUCCAUCGGGCGUACGCGCAUGGAAAGUGCCGCUGUUGGAGCCCUGUGGGGCUGUGGUCACGAUGCAGGUCAGGUUAUCUUUGGCCUCAUAUUCCUCCUAUUGAAAGACCGACUUCAUAUCGAAAUCAUCCGUACUUGGGGCACAAGAGUCGUCGGUAUUACUCUGCUUGUAAUCGGUGCAUUAGGCAUUAGGGAGGCUUCGGAGGUUCCUACUCCUUGCGUUGCAUUAGACAACGGCGAGUGUGACGUUAGCAUGUAUGAACCGUUAGAUAAUCCAACAGGAGGCAAGAAGAAGAUAGGUUUUGCAACUUUUGCAACAGGUAUUGUGCAUGGGCUGCAACCAGAUGCAUUGAUGAUGAUAUUGCCUGCACUUGCACUGCCCUCUAGAUUGGCCGGAGCUGCAUUUCUUGUGAUGUUUUUGGUAGGUACUGUAGUGGCGAUGGGAAGUUAUACAGUGUUCAUAGGUUCAUGUACUCAGGCCUUAAAGGAGAGGGUGCCUAGGAUUACAGAGAAGCUCACAUGGGCUGCUUCCUUUAUAGCCAUUGCUCUUGGAUUGGCCAUUCUCAUCAGUCAGUACUUUGGGUUUAGCCUUUACUAAACUGCAACGUUCCACACUUUUCUUGCUUUGUUAUUGUUAGAAGAAUAUGCUAGUAGUAAUAAAAGGUUUGUUUAUUAUGUUUAGAGCAAA